GAUGGAAAAUGCAAAUGGAGCUGAUUGGCAGGAAGAGGUUUAUCAAAAGAUCAAGUAUAUGAAGGAGAUGUAUUUAUCAGACCUCAAGGAUUUAUACGAGAAAAUUGCUCAUCAAGUGCAGCAGCAUGACUCUAUUCAUCACCGUCUUCAAAAUGAGAACAUUGAAAAGCUCAAGAUGUUCAAGGUGACGCUGGAACACAUUAUGCUUUUCUUGCGGCUUAAAAAGCAGGACAUUCAACUUAAUCACAAGGGCGAGCUGGACUCGGUUGAGAAGAACAUAAGUUUCUUUCUAAGGUUCAAUUGGGAACGCAGCAUGACUUCUUCUUCUCCACAGCAGGGGGGACUUCAUCAGGAUAACAUAAGCUCAUUAAGUACACAAAGUGGAACGAACCCCGUAAAGGCAAACCUCGAAUCCCUACAGCAAAAUUCAAACGCUCUGUGCAACCGGCUACUGAUGCAGCAACAGCUUCUUCAAAGUCAGCAAUUAAUGGAACACCAGCAAGCAAUGAACUCACUGCAGCAGUUAAUGCAACCGAAUAAUUUCACCAAAUUGCAGCAUAAUUCCUUGUCUGGCGUAUCGACAAAUAUCAACACUCAGCAAUACAUGAUAAAUUCAGUACAGCCUGGUUUCAAUUUCGAUUUGGGACAGAGUAAUUCUUUGAACUUCCUGCAACAGGUGUCUACUGGAUUUUUGCAACGAAAUCCUGUUAACAAUCUUCAACAUGGUAACAUAAGCUCAUUCCGUACACAAAGUGGAACAAAUCCCAUACGAGGAAACCUCGGUUCCCUACAGAAAAAUUUGAGUGUCAGGCAGCGAAUGUGGCAGAGCCAGCAAAUUGCAGAACCAGCAACUAAGACAGCAGUUACACAAUCGGCAGAUGCAGCAACUACUUUUUCGGAGAUUGAAGUUAAUGAAACAGAGGCAAGCAAAUCAACAGAAGACCAGACUAUUGCCAAUCCACCAGACGUCGCAGCUUCAACAGUCUUCCAUGCUACUUCAACAACCACAAUCCCCUGAUGGUCGAAACUAAUCCACAGAUGCAAUACGAAUAAGGUUCCAUGGAAAUCAUUGCAACAAAACAACAUUAUCGAUUUGCAACAUGUUUGUUUGGAUGAUUAAAUUGUUUAUGUUUCGUGUACUCGUGAACACAUGCACCCUUCCCUAGAUUAUGUGAAGUACUGCAAUUAUUUUGAUAAAUUACUUAAGUUUCAUGUGGCA